AGAAUUCCCCCUCCUCCGCGAGGGGUCCGUUGCUUUUUGUCACUCGGUCAACUUCUAGGGUUUGAGUUUUAUGAAUCAUUUAAGCCUUAUUGGUUUCCUAUUUGAUGGAUUGCGUGUUCUUUUUGGGGAAUUUUUGAGGGAAAAAUCUCAUCUCGACCUGGAAUCAUGCUCCAAUUUACUUUUUCCUCUAUUAAGGUCAAACAGUUAAUGAAGGGGAUCAACAUGCACCUCAAUUCAAGGAGAGAUAGUUAUGUAGCCUCGCACAUUAACUUGUCGAAAAGAAGACGAAAACGACAUGGCAAAACUUGCCCUUGAGAGCUUAUCCGGGAAGACAAAGCACGAAGAUGUUACGCAGGUUUACAAGGCUAUCUACAAUGCCUCCCGCAACUCUUUUUGAAGAUCAUGAAUUUGUUGUAAGAAAUAACAUAGUGAACAAAGAAUACACCAUAUUCUACUCUUUCAUUUAUUUACCGCCACUAUGUACAUUUCGUAAAUUGCAAUAUCUCCUCCAUUCAGUUUUAACCCCUCGGUAUUUCACCAUCCUAGACAACAAAACCUGCGUUUUACAUGUGUCAAGCCAUUAAUAUACUCUUUGUCCCUCGCCGUCCACGUGCUGCGAGCUAUUAUUCACAAAGCAACCUAUUUUAACCGUAAAAUUUUCCUUAUAAAACCCCCUUUCCUCGCGACCUUAAACCACACUCUUCACCUUCCUCAAAGUGUUGGUGCGGCAAUGGCGAACUUCAUCGAACCUCUUGUUGUAGGGAGGGUUAUAGGGGAGGUGGUCGAUCUCUUUGUUCCUAAAAAUACCAUGUCCGUGUACUAUGGACCGAAGCAUGUGACCAACGGUUGUGAUGUGAAGCCUUCAAUGUCUGUUGAUCCACCAAACAUUCAGAUCGCUGGCCUUCGCCCUGAUUUAUAUACUCUGGUGAUGACAGAUCCUGAUGCGCCUAGCCCGAGUGAUCCCCGUAUGAGGGAAGUUGUCCACUGGAUAGUUGUUGACAUUCCGGGUGGGGCUGAUUUAAAAGAAGGACUUGAGGUGCUGCCCUACAUGUGCCCCCGCCCGCUGCUCGGCAUCCACCGAUACGUUUUCAUACUAUUUGAGCAGAAGUUGCCCUUCCCGGUGGUUGCCCCCAUGCAAAGCCGCGCGAACUUCAACACCCGCCUCUUUGCCGCCCAGUACGACCUCGGGCCCCCAGUUUCUUCCGUCUUCUUCAACAGCCAGAGGGAGCCGGCAUACCGCAAGCACUGAAUGCCUUCCAGCCACAUAUGGGUAAUGACAUUAAGACAGUAACUGCAAUUAUUGACAGAUUAAAUACAUUGAAUCUGCCAAAGUCUAGUCACUGAACUUUGACGGGUUCAAUGAAUCUGCUUUGUCAAUAACAAGCUAUAGUUAUGUCAUUACUCUACAUAUAGAAUAAAGUGCGCAAAAUGUAGUGUUAAUCAGUGUGUUGUGGUAUAUCUAGGCAUGGCUGGUGGAUGGAUUAGUAUCUAUGUUGUUGGAAGUGAUAAGUAGGUGGUGUAUGUGAGUCUUUUUAACUGUUGUAGUAAAGGUGUGGGACUCUGUUGGAGUUUUGUGUUUUUAAGUUCAAUAAAAUGGUUGUUAUGUUUGAUGUUAA